AUGUUCGAUGACCAGUUGAUUGAAGAUAUUCUCAUUUCAAAAUUUCUUAUGGAGUCUUUACCAUGUCUACCGGAUAUCGGUUUGUCGUUACUUCCUGCUGAGGAACUUAUCAGAAAUCAGAUUGGAUUUCACAGGGCUGUUGCUUAUUGUUCAUGGGAGGAACUAAUGAUUGGUUGGAGAAAGUGCGAAAUUAAAAAAGACUGUUGCGCGUUGCUGACAUUGAAAUUUGAGCCAGAGCGUAUUGGGAUGCGUAUUCAGUUUGAUUUUGACUCUUCCCUACAAUUCUGCUAUUAUACGUAUCCGCCUGGUUACUCGAGAGCGUACCUAGCACUUUUUGGGUUUGGCCUGUUGUACAAUGAGAAUAAAUGCCCUAUCGCCCUUCUCGACGGUGUACAGUUUGAAAAAUACAUCAGUUUCAAGAAGUCUAAUCAUAUUUUUGAUACAUUCUCUUUGAACAGCCAAAAUUUGGUAAAUGGGGAUUUAUCAACAAACAGUGACAGUUUUGCAGACUGGAGGAGCAAAUUACCUGAGCAACGCCAGAAUAGGAGAGGUCUGCCCCCUGUUGCGGCUACUAGUUUUGCAGAUCCUGUUCAGCACAGCAGAAUCCAGGAAAAAGCAGAGCCGAAAAAGCCUUUGAUUUUCACACAGGAUCUGUUGGAGGAAGAGAAUGCCAGUAGCAGGCUUCCAGAGAAGAAUGUUUCUGGAAGGUCGACACUGAAAUCACUAAGCCCUGAAGGUGUAAAAAAGAGUGUGGAGUAUACUGAUGACGAAGAUGAUGUUCCAGAGAAGAAUGUUUUUGGAAGGUUGACACUGAAAUCACCAAGCCCUGAAGGUGUAAAAAAAAAGACUGUGGAGUAUACUGAUGACGAAGAUGAUGUUCCAGAGAAGAAUGUUUCUGGAAGGUCGACACUGAAAUCACUAAGCCCUGAAGGUGUAAAAAAGAGUGUGGAGUAUACUGAUGACGAAGAUGAUGUUCCAGAGAAGAAUGUUUCUGGAAGGUCGACACUGAAAUCACUAAGCCCUGAAGGUGUAAAAAAAAAGAGUGUGGAGUAUACUGAUGACGAAGAUGAAGAUGAAGAGGACGGAGAAGAGGAAGGGGAAGGAGAUAAAAAAAAGGAUGAAGAAAGUGCCCAGAAAUCAGAAGAACCAGCCUCUUUGGGGGAGGUGAAAAAGUUGUUAUGCACAGUAUGCCACGAGGACUCUAUUCAGAUGGUGUUUUUGCCUUGUGGACAUGCAUCGGUUUGUGAGAGCUGUUGUCGUGAGUACUACAGAAGGGAGUUAGAUGAAGUAGCACUUAGAUCCUCUUCUGCUGGGAAACUUUUCGAUGGAACAGGCAUCCACUGUUUUAUUUGUCGCCAUAAAAUUGAGGCAGUUGCUAAUCUUCCGAUUCUUAGGACGAAAUGCCCUUUAUGUGGAUGUCAUACUAUGAAUGCAGUGGCCGGAGGUCAGGGGGGGUGCGGUUGCGUUAUUGGUUGUUACGAUAAAGCUCUUCUCUUAUUAGAAGAAGGGGGCAGUUGUCCAAAGUGCGACAAAAAACUGAUUGAAAUAGUAAAGGUGUUCAUUGAAGGCGUUCCAUGUUAA